AUGGUUCAAUAUACGCCAUGCUGGCGGCCACGUCCUUUUUUCAUUUAUCUGAAGGCCGUGACAGUCAAGACUAUCACCCAGGAACAGAAGGCUGAGAUCAGACAAGCGAUCAAAGAGCAGAUAGAAGCCGAGGAACAGAGAAAUAUCGCAAAGGCUUCCGCUCUAGUAGCCUGGAAGAAUGAUCCCGACGCUCAGGCCAACCAUAGAACUUUUCAAGAUUGGGCUAUUGACAAUGCUGAUUCUUACUUGGAGCUGGAAGAGCAGGUUAUCCUGACUUCAGGCCAAGUAGAUCUUCAGAGUAAGUACUAUGGAGCAUUGGCAGGAACGCUCCGGGAGAAGCUGGAAAACUUGGCAGCGGAUACGAAGUACAGUAACCCAGGGUAUAAUAUGCCAUGCUUCAUUCGCGACUACGCCAUUGACGAGGCGGCCAUCGAUGCAGAUCGCAGGGUGGAAGACAUAGAUGGGCGGUAUCUUGUUUAUCAGCCCCUUUACACCAUUGACGGAUAG